UGAUAGAUCAGGUGACCGACGUGAUGGUUCAGGAGACAGACGUGAUGGUUCAGGAGACAGACGUGGCAGUUCACGAGAUGGACGUGGUGGCUCACGAGAUAGACGAGACCGCUCAGGAGACCGUGAUAGGUCAGCUGACAGGUCACAUGACCGAGGAAAAUCAAAUUCACCAAAUAAAGAAGUAACCAGGGACAGGAGCCGUAGUCCCGGAAAUGCUGACACAAACCAAGAAUCAGAGAAUAGAAGACCUGAACACAAAGAUAAGAGAUCUGCCAAGACCAAGUCCAGGUCUGACAAAGAUAAAUCUGACCAGGAUAAAUCUGGCAAAAACAAAUCUGGCAGAGACAAAACUGUUCAAGAAAAAUCAAAUCAGAAAACAGGCGAUGAACGGCAUUCUCCUCCAAAAGAAAAUGGCAGUGGAGACUUAAAUGAGCAACAACAACAACAACAAAUGUCCCCAUCACAAUAACAAACAACAAUAAACAAUCUCUGAUCAUUACCAUAU